AUGAAAACCCUCACCAUUGACAGCAUCACCGAGAAUGUUCAUACAAUCAAUUCACGCUGCGCAGAUGACCGCACUCGCUUCCUGUUGGAGAGACUCGUCAGUCAUCUACACGACUUUGCGCGGGAAACACGGUUGAGCACUAAUAAAUGGAUGCGUGCGAUCCGUUUCCUCAAAGAUUGCGACAAAAUUGCAGCGACACAAGGCAGCAACUUAUUCUGCUCUCCGACUCAGGACGUGCUCGGCCUCUCGCUGCUGGUGGAUUCGAUCGACCACCCGAAGCCCCCGGCAUCUACCGAGGGAACAGUGUUGGGCCCGUCCCACGUCAAGGAGGCUGUUUCUAGCGACCUGGGUGCGCGGAUAUCCGACGAUCCUGACGGUGAACCGCUCUUGGUGGUCUGCUUAGUCAAGGACACCCAAGGCCUUCCGAUCCCAGAUGCUGCUAUCGACGUGUGA